AUGGCAGUGUUUCACCUUGCAGCGGCCUCUCCGUUUGUCCUGAUGCCAAACAUCAUUCUGCGGGGCUGGCAUCUGUUGUUCGCCUUGUUGAUCGGGUAUUUGAUCUACAAAUUUCCGAUCAAACGCCUGCGCGGUCCGGUCGAUGGUCUUUUCAUUGCCCUGUCCGUGGUGUGUCUUGGCUAUCUGAUUUUCAACCACGCGGAAAUUGUCGUCCGUCCUCCCUGGACCCUUGAGGCUUCGCCGUUCGAACUCUUCGUUGCUAUUGGCACAGUUAUAGCCGUGCUGGAGUUGACGCGGCGAAGCCUUGGCUUGACGAUCUCAGCGCUGUGCGUCGUUUUCAUCGUCUACGGGUUUGUCGGACCAUACCUGCGAUAUGUGGACAUGCUUCGUCCGCUCGCGCAUGGCGGCGUCGGCAUCAAUGAAUUUGUCGACCAGAUGUAUUUCAGCUUCGAGGGCAUAUUUGGUGUCGCCCUCGGUGUUUCGGCCGACUUCAUAUUCCUGUUUGUCGUGUUUGGUGCGUUGUUGCAGGUCAUAGGUGGCGGCGAUUUCUUCGUCAAUGUCACACGUGCAGCCACAGGAGCAACGCGUGGCGGUCCCGCAAAAAUGGCGGUCAUGGCCAGCGCCCUGAUGGGCACCAUGUCUGGCAGCGCGGUAGCCAAUGUCGCCACGACCGGUGCCAUUACAAUCCCGUUGAUGAAAAAACUCGGAUAUCCCAAGGCAUUUGCCGGUGCGGUUGAGGCCGUUGCCUCGACAGGCGGACAGAUCACACCACCCAUCAUGGGCGCGGCAGCUUUUCUGAUGGCGGCGAUCCUGGGUAUCAGCUACCAGGAAGUCAUAACCGCCGCGGCCAUCCCCGCGAUUCUUUUCUUCUUGUCCCUGUUCAUUGCCGUUCACUGGGAAGCUCUCAAGCAGGGCCUUCAACCCAUGGAGCGCAGGCAACGCGGUGCAACCUGGCGGGAAUUCAAGGCCGGCUGGACAUUCCUUCUGCCACUUGUCGUCAUCAUGACAUUUCUUUUGCUUGGCUAUACGCCCAGUCUUUGCGCCUUUUAUGGUGUCAUGGCAACACUGGCGACGCCGUUCCUGCGGCGUAGCACAAUGGUAUCACCGGCUGUUCUCGCCGAAGGGCUAAAACUGGGUGCAAAAGCGGCGGUGGUGGUGGCAAUUGCCUGCGCCUCUGCCGGUAUCAUUGUCGGGAUCGUGCAGAUUUCAGGCCUCGGAUUUCGUUUCAGCAGUCUGGUGAUUUCAUUCGCUGACGGCAAUCUCUACCUGGCACUCGUGCUCGCGAUGUUUGCGGCAUUCGUCUUUGGCAUGGGCAUGCCGACGACACCAGCCUAUAUCAUCCAGGCAACACUGGUGGCCCCUGCCCUUGUGGAUCUGGGGGCGCAACCGCUGGCUGCUCACCUGUUUGUUUUUUAUUAUGCGGUCCUUGGCCAGAUCACGCCUCCCGUAGCGGUCGCCGCAUUUGCAGCAGCACCCAUAGCAGGCACAAGCCCGACCUCGGUUGGAUGGCGUGCCUUCCUGCUGGGUAUCCCUGUCUAUGUCAUUCCGUUCCUGUUUGUUGCCAAUCCUGAGCUCCUUGGCCAGGGAGACUGGUCGAUGUUGUUUCUGGUUCUGGCGCGCUCUGCCUUGGCAAUCAUCUGCCUUGCGAUGGCUGUGACAGGGUGGCUCUGCGGACGCCCUCUCAAGUGGACAGGUCGGACGCUUCUCGUUGGCGCGGCCGUGAUGCUCGUGACACACGAUCCGGCGUUCAAUGCAGCGGCGAUUGUGGUCAUUGCGCUGGUAACUGGACUGCAAAGGCACCGGUUUGGACACAGAUUGAUUGGAAAAGUGGGCAAUGAAGAAUAA